AUAACAGGACUUUUAUUGUGAAAUAAAAGCCGUGCUGAGUGUAAACAGCAGUAACGCGUCGCUGCUGCUGCUUCACGGAGAGGAGCCAUGUCGAUGGAGGACCCGUUCUUCGUGGUUAAAGGUGAGGUGCAGAAGGCACUGUCGCGAGCACGGGGGCUGUUCCAGCGGUGGGAGGAGCUACUGCAGGAGGACACGCCCAUCAGCCGAGAUGAACUGGACUGGAGCACGAACGAACUGAGGAACUGCCUGAGGGCCAUCGACUGGGACCUGGAGGACCUGCAUGAAACCAUCAGCAUUGUGGAGUUGAACCCAGGGAAGUUCCGUCUGGGGGAGAACGAGCUGCAGGAGAGGAGGGAGUUUGUGGAGAGAACGCGAAAAGCUGUUCAGGAGAUGAAAGAGCAGCUCUCCAGUCCCUCGGCUUUAGCGCAGGCAGAGAAGAAGAACAGACAGGCGCUGAUGGGUGGUUCCACUCAGGUGAGGCAUGCAGGUCUAGAGCCCCACCUGGUGUCAGCAAACUCCAGAUACAUCCAGGAGCAGCAGGAGCAGCAGCAGCUGAUCGUGCAGGAGCAGGAUGAGCAGUUGGAGCUGGUGUCCGGCAGCAUCCGCGUUUUAAAAGACAUGUCCACCAGAAUAGGAGACGAGCUGGACGAGCAGGCCGUGAUGCUGGGGGAGUUCAGUGAGGAGAUGGAGCAGACGAGCUCCAGAAUGGACUCGGUGCUGAAGAAACUGGAGAAAGUCUCACACAUGACCAGCAGUAGGAGGCAGUGGUGCGCCAUCGGCGCCCUCGUCAUCAUCCUGAUCGUCGUCCUCAUUCUGUUCUUCGCGCUCUGAGCGCCACCUGCUGGAUCUGCCUGGCCUUUACACGUUCUGCCUAUAACA